UCGGGCUGUCCUGGCUGCUGAGAGCCAGGGCUGGCCAUCCUAAAGUAAUCCGAGUGAGGGACCGCUCCGGGUCAGAGGGGCCACAACCUCCCAGGGAUGCCAGCUUGCUCUUGGGAAUAAACCCCGUUUUAACCUCAGAGCCAGGGAAACAUGCAGCCGGAGAAGGAAAGUGAUCGCAUGGGGCAGGCUGUCAGCCGGGUGAAAUGUACCAGCGUGGGGCGGGUCAUCAUGACUUCUUGGAGAUUCUCCAUCAAGACUUACCUGUCACACCUAAGGUGCUUUGAGGUCAGGCAGAAAUCUUGUUUGCUUAGAUGGAGACGUAGACAGAUUAUAUGCCCACCCAAUUCCAGAAUUUGCUGGCUUCUUUUGGGCUCAUUACCCAAACUCAUUUUGACUUCAGGAGGGCUUCUUAUGGUGUCCCCUGGAAGCCGGGGUCAGACAGGUACUUGUAAGAGUGCCUCUAAGGAAGUCAGGGUGGCAGGCAAUGUUUCCAAAACUGGGUUCAUAAACGGUCUUUUCCUGAACUUUGCCUUUGGCCUCCGAAUAUGGUUCCGGGCCUGUGUUCUGCUGGUGAAAUUCACCCCGCUUCUUCUGCUGUACCCUUUUACCUACCUGGUUCCCUGCUCCUACACCCUCUGGUUGAACUGGCUUCUGAUGGCUACGGAGUCCUCAGGCCCCACGUACAUCAAACUGGGCCAGUGGGCAAGCACAAGGCGGGAUCUUUUCUCGGAAGAGUUCUGCACCAAGUUCUCCAGGCUGCACGUUCAAGUGGCCCCCCACACGUGGGCUCACACCCAGCAUUUGCUUCAAAAGGUGUUUGGGAGUGAGUGGGGCCGAGCCCUUCAUUUUGAGAGUCAGGACCCGGUGGGCUCAGGCUGUGUGGCCCAAGUGUAUAAAGCUUAUGUUGACACUGCCUUCCUUGACCAUGCCUGCUUCCAGAAACUUGUGGAGGCCUCUAGGGGCACCUCCUCUUUUGAAGCUUGGGAGGUGGCAGGGCUGGGGAGGCUCUUAGGAUAUUUUUGGAAGGGGCAGAAGCCUAAAGGGAUGUUGACAGAUCAAGCUUUUCCAGAAGAUCUACUUGUCCCCAUGUCCUACCUGACUGCAUCAAAACAGGACACAUCCUUUACCCCACCUGCUGACUGUCUACAUGGGCCAAAACACUUCAUCCCAGCAGCUAUUAAAGUGCUACAUCCUGGGCUCCUUGCUCAAGUACAGGUGGAUUUGGUACUGAUGAAGACGGGCAGUCGAAUCCUCGGACUCAUUCCAGGAAUCAAGUGGCUCAGCUUGACUGAGAUAGUAGAAGAGUUUGAGAAGCUCAUGGUCCAACAGAUUGACUUGCGUUAUGAAGCCCGGAAUCUAGAGUGCUUCCAAAACAAUUUCCUGGAUGUGAAUUUUGUCAGGUUCCCGACCCCUCUGCAACCCUUUGUCACCAGAGAUGUUCUAGUGGAAACAUUUGAAGAGAGUGUGCCUGUGUCCCGUUAUCAGAAGUCAGAGAUUCCUACGAAGCUGAAGGGGAAAAUAGCAAAGCUGGGGAUAGACAUGCUUCUGAAGAUGGUGUUUGUUGACAAUUUUGUCCAUGCUGACCUACACCCUGGGAACAUCCUGGUCCAGGGAGCAGACUUUCCUAAGGAGAGCCAAGGCCAGAGGAGCUUGGGAGCCACGCUGAUGUCGGAAGUGAGACCCACUUCUUCCCCACUGAGGCUGGUCCUGCUGGAUGCAGGCAUUGUGGCAGGGUUGCAGGCAGCUGACCUGGAGAAUUUCCGGGCAGUCUUCACUGCAGUGGCCAUGGGGCAGGGUGAGAGAGUGGCUGAGCUCAUCUUGCACCAUGCCCGGGCCAACGAGUGCCAGGAUGUGGAGAAAUUCAAAACCGAGAUGGCAGUGCUGGUGAGCCAGGCCAGGAAGAACACCAUCACCCUGGAAAAGCUUCAAGUAUCAAAUCUGCUCUCCAGUGUCUUCAAGCUGCUGAUGACCCAUAAGGUCAAGCUUGAGAGUAACUUUGCCUCGAUUGUCUUUGCGAUCAUGGUGUUAGAAGGUCUCGGCCGCUCACUGGAUCCCAAACUGGAUAUCCUGGAGGCGGCCAAACCCUUUCUUAUAAAAACCUCGACGUUUCCCUCCUGGCUGCAAUGGUGAAGGCGUGGGGCUUCCCCAGGUGAAUGCCAGCAUUGCCCAUGAAGCCCUCCUGGGAUGGCCAGGGCGCUAUCUUCCUUUCAUUCUGGGUUGGUUCCAAGAAGUCUGACUGCUAGACUGGGAGACAGCCUGACUGGCUGAAGAACGUGGAGAGAGGAGCUUAUGUCAUAGGAUACCCCAAAUACUCGUACUCUAUGAGCCUGUGUCACACCUGCUGAUGUGAAUGUAGAAGAGAAUCAAUGUUUUACCAUCCCCACCCCGACAUACACAGACACAUUCACUCUCUGUCUCUCUCUCGGGCUUAAGGUCCAUGGCAGCUAGAUGGAAAAGUGAAGAGUCCUAGACUUGGCCUCAGGAGGUAUGAGUUCAAAUCCUUCCUCGGACCUGUGUGAUCCUGUACAAUUUACUUAUCCUCCCUUAGCCUCAGUUCCCUCAUGUGUGAAAUGGGGAUAAUAACUGUACCUAUCUCACAGGGGUGUUGUGAGGAUCAAAUGAAUAAAUAUAUCCAAGGAGCUUUUCAAACCU